AUGUUGCGUAGUGAAAGAGAAAAAGGGUUUGAUAAAAGCGCGCGUUUGUGUUUCGAGAAAUACGAUGAUCUGCCGGAAAUAAGCAGCAAGUUCUGUUUUUUCAUCAAAAAGGGGUUUGAAAUUGUGGAAACCGGGAAAGAGCUAAAGUAUUACAAAUGCAUAAACCCUAAUUCCCUCCGCCAUAAAAUCCGGCUCGCCAGCUCAAAUGGCCGUCGCAUUUUCCCGGCAGCCUUUUCGAGAACUGUAACAUCAUCCAUCUCCAGAGCAGAUCCAAUGAACGAUUUCCUGGCGGGGAUGGCCCAGAUCCAGGACGGGAUGAACGAACUCCGGCCAAUGAACGAUCUCCUGGCGGGGAUGGCCCAGAUCCAGAACGGGAUGAACGAACUCCGGCAGCGCGUGGAUGCUAUUGAUAACCGGAUGGAUGCGUCUAUCCGUUCGAAGUCUGCUAGGGCAGCUAACAAGAAUAUGAAGGAUCAUCGUUUAGUUCCCCUGCCGAAACUGAUUGGAGGUCACCCGUGGCCGGAUCCGGGUCACCUGGACGGUGUCAAACUCCAAGGGCAGUAUCCGGUGGGUUCGGACCCUCCGGCCGGGCUCCUUCCGACAUGUGGAACAGAAGUGGACCGGAUGAGUAUGGAGAAGGACAAAACGGAACUGACACAAAGGCUGAAAGCUAUUUAUUGGUUUUACAACGAUCCCAGACUCGGGAUAUUCAAACUGCGCAAUUUAAUGGAUUUUCUGUUGGAGGAGCCUUGA